AUGAUGAAGAACGCUCCCGUUCGCCUUCUCCCGCCUAACGAGCCCAUCUACCGGUACCCACCUGAAGACGAUGAAGAACAGCCACCCUGGAGGCUACCGCCUGGCAAGGGCCGACCCCAGCAUGACUGUGGCCGUCUCGGCUUACCAUUUGACUCCAAUCUAGUGGCCCAAGCCGAACCGAUUGACAAUCUACUUGAUCAAAAUCUUGGCGAUACUCUAUUCCUCAGAACCAAGGGUAGUUCACUUUGCUCUUCCGGUUUCAGGCCUGUCGCUGGACCGCUGUCUUCGUUUACUGCAGGUCGUCUUAAGCGACUCUGCACGACGUGCUCAGCCACGGAGGUCAAGCACCAGUGUACGUGCACACUUCGAAAGCGGUUUCUCGACCGAUGGCUGUGUAUUGAAUGCUACCUCGAGAACGAAGCUAAACCUGGUGGUGCGGCAAUGUUGGAGAUGCUGGCGGGAGAUGAACCAGGAGAAUGUCCAUGUGGGAGCUCAUUCGAUGCACAGGACCAAGAUUCGUGGCUUGUAUGCGAGUGGUGCGAUGGUCGGGUGACCGGGUCUAAGAAGGCCACUGAAGAAGAGGAAAAGGCGAAGGAUUUUGUACCGAAUGAGGAGGACGAAGACAAGGAGGGUGCCUGGCCGGAACAUCUUCCAGAUGGUGACCGUCCCAAUCUGAGUGGCACUCUGAUUGACCAAGCCAUCGUGGCUGCUGGCUCUGCCGCGCCUCGUGGUCUGCAUCGACACUUCGUCUGUCACGAGUGGCUUACCCGGAAGCAACAUCUGCAGAUGGAAGCAUACAAAAAGAAAAUGGAAGAGGGCAAGGAGGAGGAAUUCGAUUUCUAUUGGUCCCGCCAUUGGAGGUAG